AUGGCUAUAGCUAGCAGCCAACGUAAGCAGGUGCUGAAGGUGGUAGUACUAUCAUUAUUGAUCGAUCUGAUCUCCUUUACAUUCAUUCUGCCCCUCUUCCCUUCACUUCUGUCAUUUUAUCGCGCGCAAGAUCCAUCCCCGGAUUCCCUCCUCAACCGCAUCUUCCACUACCUGAACGCCUACAAAAACUCCUUCGCGCGCCCCAUUGACUCGCGCUAUGACAUCGCACUUCUCGGCGGAGCCCUUGGCUCUUUGUUCUCUCUCCUCCAAGCCUUCGCUGCACCCGUCAUAGGCCGCCUAUCUGACCGCUAUGGCCGCCGUCGCGCCCUACUCAUCUCCAUGCUAGGCAACCUCUUAAGCGUCGCGCUGUGGGUUUCGGCCAGAGACUUCCGCACGUUCCUCGCCAGUCGUAUUGUUGGUGGUCUAAGCGAAGCAAAUGUGCAAAUGGCCAAUGCCAUCGUGGCGGAUAUCACAGACGAGGAGUGCCGCGGCUCCUCCAUGGCACUAGUCGGGGCCUGUUUCAGCGUCGCGUUCACUUUUGGGCCGGCGCUAGGUGCGGCGCUCAGCAACAUCGACAUGGUUGCUGAGAACCCGUUCAUUGUAGCUGCGAUUGUGUCUUUUGCUCUGAUAUUUAUUGAGACCGUGUAUCUUUGGGCCUGUUUGCCCGAGACGCAUCCCCGCUUGACGACGCUUCAGAUGGAGGGGGAGAGUAUCUCCGCCGAGAAUAACGAUGCGUCGAGUAAGAAGACAGAAAAGAAGAGCAGUGCUUUUGUUAAGCGCACCCAUACAAACAGCCCGGCCCUUCUCAAUGCCCUUCACUUCCUUUUCCUACUCCCCUUCUCUGGCAUGGAGUUCUCCCUCCCCUUCUUGACUACAACUCUCUACGCCGGAUCAGCCACGACAGCCAGCCCUGCCGCAUUGAACGGACGUCUCUUGUCCCUGAUGGGUUUGGUCGCAUCCCUCCUUCAGGGUACGCUGGUACGCCGUCUCCCGCCGCUGAUCACCCUCCGUGCCGGUGUUGUGGCCUGUACCGUCUCAUUCUUCUGUCUUGCCCACGUUUCUUCGCCCUCGGGUCUAUAUGCUGCCGGUGCUCUGCUGGCAGUAACGACCGCUACGGUCGUCACGUCACUCAACAGCCUAGGUAGCUUCGAAGCGCAGGACGCGGACCGCGGUGCGGUUAUGGGUCGUUUGCGGGGGUGGGGACAGGCUGGUAGGGCAGCUGGUCCUAUUUUGUUUUGCUCUCUGUUUUGGUGGGCUGGCCGUGAGGCUGCUUAUACAACAGGUGGAUUCGCCAUGUGUGUCGUCACAGUUGCGGUUUUCGGCUUGUUGAAGUCGCCUGUGCACAGGAAAACCGAGUAA